CAGACGCAGCAGUUAAUAAUAAACACGUUGUGAAGACGGAUUGUACAACUUUCUCUUCUGCAGGACGGCGGAAUUAGUACACAGAUUGAUAUCAGGGGUUUGGAGAAAACCUAUAUUACAGUGGAAAAGGAUUAAAUGCAUCGAUUGGGACUAAAUUAGAAGCAUGCUGAACCCCUUAGCUGCCAACGGGGAGUCUCUGCAUGUUAUUACAAACUACGUGGAGGAAUAUCUGGAUCUGGUCGAGUCCCUUCCACUGGAUCUGCAGAGAUGUGUUUCAUUAAUGAGGGAAACAGACGGAAAAUAUCAAGAGAUACUGAAGGAGCUGAACGAUGCCUAUGAAAAACACAAGCAGGAGUCUGACCCGGUCCAGAGGCGUCGCCUCCUCCACUGCAUUCAGCGCUCUCUGAUCCAAACCCAAGAGCUGGAAGAUGAGAAGCUGCAGAUCGCGAGUCAGAUGGUGGAGCUGGUGGAGAAUCGCACCCGGCAGUUCGAGUGGCAAGUGGAGCUCCUCCAGGCCUGUCAGAGUUCGCCCGAGAGCCCGGUGUCCGUGUGCAGCACGGCUUCUCCCGCCGUUACACCGGGGAGCCUGACCCCGCUGUCCACUCCGCUGCUAGCGCUGGGCAAAGCGAGCGCAGACAGAAAGCGCGAGGAGACGCCAGGGUCGGCGGAUAAGUCCGGCGGGAAGCGCUCGCGGAGGCAGAAGAGUGGCUCGGAGAACAGAGACAACUCCAACUACAGCACCGAGCAGCUCGAGGACACGAGCGCCGGGACGCCGAGGGAGAAGAAGGCCAGGACGUCGUCGACGUCGUCGAAGAAAAAGAAAAAGGGGUCGAAAACCAAACAGGAGCUCGACGAGUCUCCGGUCGAGCCGGCCAUCGAUCCGGACGAGCCGACUUACUGUCUCUGCGAGCAGAUCUCGUAUGGGGAAAUGAUAUGCUGUGAUAACGAUAGAUGCCCUAUCGAGUGGUUUCACUUCUCCUGUGUGGGUCUGAACCAUAAGCCCAAGGGAAGGUGGUACUGUCCCAAGUGCAGAGGAGAGAACGAGAAAACCAUGGACAAAACCCUAGAGAGGUCGAAAAAGGAGCGGGGCUACAGUAGGUAGCCUCCGACCGAGGGUCUUAUGUGCUGUAGUAAUACGGUGGAUUAACACUGUACAGCUCAUUUACUGUCCAAUGGAGCAGAAGUAAAUGUGAGCGAUAAUGCUAGUCCUCUUUUUUUCUUUGUUUUAUCCUAUUUCUGCAUCUAAUUUGCAAUGACUUCACUGCUGCAGACCCCAACCCUGACCGAGGAGGGGUAUACUGACACAUAAGCAGUAGCCGGCCGCUUCUUUUCACCUGUACGAGGUGCGUUCACACAGGGAUCACGCAGUGAUGUCCAUUAUUCACCGUCUCUCAACCAGCCAGAAGAGGCCGCAAUUGCAGCAAUCGUGAGGAAUCUGUUCCCCUCCCUUCUUCAGACAUAGCCAGUAGGAUUAAUCGUAGAAUGUUCUGUGAACGUAUUUAAAACUGAUCUGUACAAAUAUUUGACAAUGUUGAGUUGAAAUCUUGUAUGAAUAAAAUCUCCACCCUGUAA